AUGGUUUCGAGCCAAUCGGGGAAGAGAGGAUCAUUUGCAUACGGCCGUUCCCAUAAGACGCGGCCGGGGGACCCCUCCGCUAAUUGGCGGGUCCGCCGGGCGCCUUCCCCGAGCGCGGCGUGGGCACUCGGCAAAGGAGACGCCGACGGGCAGCUGGUGGCUGAGCGCCGCCCUGGGUUGGGUCCCUGCCGGGCCCCGCGGAGCACCAUGGCCGGGCGAGCGCUGCUGGCCGCCCUGUGGCUCGGGAGCGCCUGCCCCGCCGCCCAGAGCCUCUCCGCCGCCACCCUCGCCGGCCCCAGAAGUACUGCAGGAAAAACAAAAGACUUCAGUGGGAUUGAGAGCAAAUUUUCUUUAAGGAAACCUGAACAGCCUUAUGAAGACACCUGCUUCUUAGUUCCUGGGCAAGAAAAUAGCGUGACACAAUGCAACUUCAACCAUACAAGUAAAACCUUUGUGGUGAUCCAUGGAUGGACGGUAACGGGCAUGUAUGAGAGCUGGGUUCCCAAGUUAGUGAAGGCACUGUAUAAGAGGGAGCCGGACUCUAAUGUCAUCGUUGUUGACUGGCUAGAUCGAGCAAGCCAACAUUAUACAAUAUCAGCUAGUAACACAGAGCUGGUGGGGAAGGAUGUUGCCAAGUUUGUUGACUGGAUAGAGAAGCAGUUCGGCUACUCCCUGAACAAUGUCCACUUGCUGGGAUACAGCCUCGGUGCUCAUGUUGCUGGUAUUGCUGGAAAACUGACCAAUAAGAAGAUCAGCAGAAUUACUGGUUUAGAUCCUGCUGGACCUAACUUUGAAUACGCCAGUGAAACCAGGCGCCUUUCCCCAGAUGAUGCUGCCUUUGUAGAUGUCUUGCACACCUACACCAGGGGAUCCCCGGACCGCAGCAUUGGGAUACAGCAGCCUGUGGGGCACGUUGACAUCUACCCUAAUGGAGGUAGCUUCCAACCGGGUUGUAAUAUAGGAGACACAUUGCGGAUGAUUGCAGAAAAAGGAUUUCAGGGGCUUCAAGAGGCCGGUCAGCUGGUGAAAUGCUCUCACGAACGCUCCAUCCACCUCUUCAUCGAUUCCCUCUUGUAUGAAGAAAAGCCAAUCAUGGCAUACCGCUGCAAGUCCAAAGAAGCGUUUGAAAUGGGGCUCUGCUUGAGCUGCAGAAAGAACCGCUGCAACAAUUUGGGCUACAAAAUCAACAAAGUGAGAACCAAGAGGACCAUCAAAAUGUACCUGAAGACCCGAGCGAAGGCACCCUAUAAAGUCUUUCAUUACCAAGUUAAGAUUCAUUUUUUUGCUAAGGAAAACAUGACUAAGACCAACCAGCCCUUUCUUAUCUCUCUUUAUGGUACUGAGGAGGAAAGCAAGGACAUUCCAGUCACGAUGCCUGAGAUCUCCACAAACAAAACUUUUUCCUUUCUGAUAUAUACCGCGGUGGAUAUUGGAGACCUACUCAUUGUCAGGCUGAAAUGGGAAAAUCUUAAAGAUUGGUGGAAUACCCCUGAGAUUUUUAACCUUAAAGAAUGGUGGAAUACCCCUGAGUUUGCGGUCCAGAGGGUCAGAGUCAAGUCUGGAGAAACUCAGAAAAAGUUGGUCUUCUGCUCCCGAGAUGGAAUCUCUUAUCUGAGGAAAGGGCAAGGAGCGGCAGAAUUUGUGAGGUGCCUUGGGAAAAAUGCCACCAAAGAAAAUUCAUGGCCACAGGAAACACUGCAGAUGCUUAACCUAAAAGAAGCCCUAAAAUCCAGCAUCUCCGUCAUUUGA